AGUUUUCAUUGGUAUGCCUUGCUAAAAACAAAACUGAAUUGUAUAAAAUGCAUGUUUAAUUUAUGCUCACAACUCAAAAAUGAACUUGCAACCUUGUGAAGGAAGCAAAGGUGUCCCAAUUAAUUGUAACUAAAGAUAACUGACAUGUUUGUUAAGUGUAAGUGAGAGUGUAUCGAAUGCCACCCCUAAACUAGAUGUCUUCAACGUGUUUAGUGUGUCAGUUGGCUGUACCGAUAAGCUGAACAGCAGUCUCUCAGCGGGUCUUCUGCCCAAUGGGUGGCUAUCACUAAUCCAAGAAAAGAAGAACACCUAUAUAAGGCUUUGCUCUGCUAAAAGCCAUAGUACAUAACCAUGUUGGCUCUUCGCUUGAUUCUACUGCUGCAGUGCGGCCUUUUGGUUUUGGCCGGCGUUUGUCUAAUACCACAGCCCGUUAAAAGGCAGCGUUCGCCAAAGGAUAUGCUGGAAAAACCCUGGAAAAUAUCACCCCGCUUGGAUGGUCGGAUUGUGGGCGGUCAUCGCAUUAACAUCACCGAUGCACCGCAUCAGGUUUCGCUGCAGACGUCGUCCCACAUUUGUGGAGGCUCCCUGAUUUCGGAGGAGUGGAUAUUGACUGCCGCCCAUUGCACUUAUGGCAAAACAGCAGAUCGCCUGAAAAUUCGCCUGGGAACCAGUGAAUUUGCUCGCAGUGGACAACUGCUGAGGGUUCAGAAAAUCGUUCAGCACUCGCAGUUUAACUACACCAACGUGGACUACGACUUCUCACUGCUCCAGCUGGCGCAUCCCAUCCAGUUCGAUGAGACCAAAAAGGCCAUCAGGCUGCCCGAGUCGCAGAUGAAGUUCAUGGACGGGACGACCUGCUUUGUGAGCGGUUGGGGCAAUACCCAGAACCUGCUGGAGUCCAGGGAGUGGCUGCGUCAGGUGGAGGUGCCUCUGGUCAAUCAGGAGUUGUGCAGCGAGAAGUACAAGCAGUAUGGCGGUGUAACCGAGCGAAUGAUCUGUGCCGGAUUUCUGGAGGGCGGCAAGGAUGCGUGCCAAGGGGAUUCCGGUGGUCCGAUGGUCAGCGAGGCGGGAGAACUGGUGGGCGUGGUUAGCUGGGGCUAUGGUUGUGCCAAACCGGAUUAUCCGGGUGUCUACUCCAGAGUGAGCUUUGCCCGGGAUUGGAUCAAGGAGCACAGUGGUGUUUAAAAGAAGAAAACCCACUAAAUAAACCUAGUUUGUCAAAACAAUAAAUGCAAAAUUUGUUCAUCUAAA